AUGAAGAAAGAAGUGCAGAUUCUUGAGCAAGGAGCAUAUCCAAGUGAUUUCAGUAGCUAUUUGAGCGAGGGCUUGAAAGUAAGGUUUGAGCCAAAGAAGACACAAAAGCCUAUUGUGGAGCGGCGAUCAAGUGGGCAACCUACCCAAUCUGCAAAGGAAAAUGCAGUGAGAAGCAAGUGUCCUUUGGUGAGUUUGAGGCCAUUGUCUGAGGUGCCUUUGAGUGGUGGUUUCAAGUUUAGUAGUGCAGGAUGGAGUGGGGCAUGGUUUGGCGUCAAGCAUGUGAGCUUUGGCCAAGAGGUCAUGAAAAUAUUUGGAUUGGGAAAGAAAAAUGGAAUCAAUGGUGCGCUGAACUUGUAUGCCAAGAAAGUAAUGAAUGGGGCCAAGAUUUUUCAUGGAAAAUUGAGAACUAAGUUCAUGAAUGAGAGAUUGACAGGUAUGCAGAGGAAGAAACAAAGCCCAUACCAAGGAGAGAGUGAUAAAGCUCUUCAUACCAUGAGCGUGGGGCUUGUUUCAUGCCAUACAAUAACUUGUGGAGUGGACAAACAUGAGUGGGAUGCAAGGGAUUGA